AUGUCGACCGCUUCACCUGCCGGUUCCAAUUACACUCAUACCUCUAGCCAUCGACCACCACCGUACCAGCCAGCGCCCGCGGACCUCCCUCAUAGGACGCAAUCCACGUCGGUUCGCAACCCUCCUUCUGCUGGAAUACCCCGCCGUUCCAAUUCUCAUUCCUAUGCAUAUGGACGGCAAGGGACAAUCCAAUCGCAGCAAACCCCUUUGAUCAAUGUGGCGCGUAGAGAUCAAGCUGUCUCAAACGUGGCUCAAGCGCCUUCAUCAUCUCCGCACACCGCUUCCCACGAAGGAACCGUUCCGAUGGCAGCCAAUCCAACACGAGUCGAUUCUCUUCGGAAUGGUGCACACGCCGCGUCUCGGGCGGCGCAUGGCCGCUAUGCAUCGGAGGGUGCAACGCCUGUAGCGGGCAAUGGCAGCCCUGCUGGCCCUGCAACUCCUCGCACUGUCGCUGAAGCUCCGGAGAGGUCGAUCCCGAUGAAUGCAGCUCCUCAACCGAGACGGCGGACGACCAUAAGCGCACAAACUGGACAGUGGGCACUGGGAAAGACUAUUGGUGCGGGCAGUAUGGGUAAAGUGAAGCUGGCAAGAAAUAUGGAAACUGGGGAGCAGGUGGCCAUCAAAAUUGUGCCCCGCCAGUCCACAGAAGACCACCAUAGCACUCGAGAUCGGGAACGAGCUGAUCACUCAAAGGAGAUUCGAACGGCAAGAGAAGCCGCUAUUGUAACGCUGCUUCAUCAUCCUUACAUCUGCGGCAUGAGAGAUGUCGUGCGGACAAAUUAUCAUUGGUAUAUGCUUUUUGAGUUUGUCAAUGGUGGCCAGAUGCUCGAUUAUAUCAUUUCGCAUGGUAGACUGAAGGAGAAGCAAGCCAGAAAGUUUGGUCGGCAGAUUGCUAGCGCUCUGGAUUAUUGCCAUCGCAAUAGCAUUGUGCAUCGAGACUUGAAGAUCGAAAACAUUUUGAUCAGCAAGACAGGUGACAUCAAAAUUAUUGACUUUGGGUUGAGCAAUCUUUUCUCGCCGCGAAACCACCUCAAGACAUUUUGUGGUAGCUUGUAUUUUGCAGCCCCGGAGCUCUUACAGGCUCGCCAAUACGUUGGACCGGAAGUUGAUGUGUGGAGUUUUGGCAUCGUUUUAUACGUUCUCGUCUGCGGCAAAGUUCCAUUUGACGACCAGAGCAUGCCCCAGCUUCAUGCAAAGAUCAAACGCGGUGUAGUAGAUUAUCCGGCAUGGCUGUCAACAGAAUGCCGGAACCUGAUUUCGCGAAUGUUGGUCACCGAUCCUCGGCAGCGAGCAAGUCUGAGUGAGAUUAUGAAUCACCCUUGGAUGACAAAGGGCUUCAAUGGGCCCCCCGAAAAUUACCUCCCGCAUCGGGAACCCCUUCAAUUACCACUUGAUCCUCAGAUCAUCGAGAAGAUGACGGGCUUUGACUUUGGUUCACCAGAGUAUAUCACCACUCAACUUACAAAAGUCAUUGAAUCUGAGGAUUAUCAAAAUGCUGUGCGUUUGCUAACCCGCGAGCAAGCUGCGCACACGUCGUCAAGUGAUCGGAAAAGGGGUGUCUUUGACUUUUAUAGGCGGCGCAAUUCCAUUACCAGCAAGGACACUCUGGUGAAUUCCUCGGCCGAGGCCAUCCAGCUGGGCUCCGACCCUGUUAAUGCAUUCAGUCCACUGAUUUCCAUCUAUUACCUUGUCCGUGAAAAGCAAGAACGGGAGCGGCUUGAGACGAACCCUGGCGCUCUUAGCAUGCCAAGAUCGCCGGGCGAGAAGCCCCUCAAGAUGCCCGAUCUUCCUGCACCUGCUGCGGCACAUACCAACGAAGCCGCAUAUGAAAUGCCCGGUGAAAAGGCCACGGGCGGGCGGGCGAGACCUCGAGCACGGACCCAUGGAGAAGAUGAAGUAACAGAGGGUUUGAAGAAGAUUGAUCUCAACCCGCCGCCUCAUCCAACUCCACCUUCUCUAAACCUCCCACAAUCCGAGCAACCGCAUGUUAAAAAGGAGAGUGCUGCCGCGGGGUUGUUGCGGAAAUUUAGCACUAGGCGACAUCGUGACCCUGAUAGAGAAAGGCCCAAUGCUCCUCCACCUGCAGUCGCUGUGCAAACCCCCGAUGAGCUUGCGCCACCUCGAAAGAGUUUCAGCGUUAGAAAGCCUCGGGACCGAGAGACGCCGCCCCUCCCGACAAUCGGUAGCAGUCAAUCUCAGCACCCAGAUCUUUUAGCGCCUCCUGGUCCUCCUGAGACGGUAGCAAGGCUAGGAAAGGGCCUAGGAAGGUCCACUAGCGUCAGUUCAGCUGAUUUCAGGCGGCGGGGAUCGAGACGCACAGGUCGUGAGAGUCCGCUGAGCUCAAGCCUUCAUGAAGCCAUUCCGCCAAGCGGCUCCAAUCAAUCAAGCCUUGUGAAUCAGCCUGUGUCCAGCAACGAGGGAGCCGUACAUGACAACAGGCCACGGUUCAACGCUCGCGCAGCGGCUACCACUCGGACAAAGUCUCUCGGGCACGCCAGGCGUGAGAGCAUCCAGGCAAGACGAGCCAGGCGAGAGGAAGCACGCGAGGCGAAUGUUCCAGAGGAGACCAGUCAAGAGCUCGAAGAGGAGCAAGAGUCGGGGACAGCCGAUAACGUGGAGGGGCUGAAGCCGGUUUAUCUCAAAGGACUCUUCAGCGUCUCCACUACCAGCACGAAGCCCCUUUCCUUUAUCAGAUCCGAUAUCAUUCGGGUUCUCAAUCAACUGAAUGUUCAGUUCACUGAGAUUAAAGGAGGUUUCAGCUGCCGUCAUGCUCCGAGUAUCGAGCUCAGUCGUUCACCAGACAAUGGUGGUGAGCUGCAGACCACUGGUACGAACCAAAGCCAUAAACGCAAAAUCAGCUUCGGAGGUCGCUUUGGAGGAGACCGCGAUCCACCUCAAGAGUCUCCAGAGCACUUGAAGAAGACGAUUUCCAGGAGAUCAGGUCCCGACACCAGCUUCACAAAUUCAGAGGAAUCAUCGGAUAGCAUUCCGAGAGUAUCAACUGGCCCGACAGUGCCGGGAGAAACUACGACUCAGGUCCAGAGCGACUUGGGGGGCAAUAUGGUUCUCAAAUUUGAGAUAUUCAUUGUCAAGGUUCCGCUAUUUUCCCUGCACGGAGUGCAGUUCAAAAAGGUUGCUGGAGGAACUUGGCAAUACAAAAACAUGGCACAAAAGAUCUUGAACGAGCUUCGACUAUAG